CGGCUCCGCGCAGCCCGCUCCGCCGCUCGGCAGCCGCCCCGCGCCCGCCGGAGCCCGCGCCCCAGGCCCGCACCCGCCUGCCCCGGGACCCACCCCGCCUGCCCCGCUCGCCCGGCUCAGCCUCCCGGGAAGAUGCGGCUGCUCCCGAAAUGGCUCCUCUUGCUCUUCGGCCCGUGGCUCCUCAGGAAGGCCGUGAGUGCCCAGAUACCAGAGUCUGGAAGAUCACAGUACCUGGAGCUGCGCCCCGUCCCGGCGGGAGUGGGCGUCCCAGGCCAGCAGCUCGCAGCCCCGAAGUCUCCGGACGGCAUAGGUGCCGCCCGCUCUUGGAGCUGGGCCUGGCAGGCCAACCACACGGGGGCGCUGAGCCAGGCAGGGGCAGCCGGAGCGCUACCCGCGCAGCGCACCAAGAGGAAGCCAUCGAUCAAAGCGGCCCGAGCCAAAAAGAUCUUUGGCUGGGGAGACUUCUACUUUCGGGUGCACACCCUUAAGUUCUCACUGCUGGUGACCGGCAAGAUCGUGGACCAUGUGAACGGUACAUUCAGUGUGUAUUUCCGCCACAACUCGUCCAGCCUGGGCAACCUCACUGUCAGCAUCGUACCACCUUCCAAGCGUGUAGAGUUUGGGGGCGUCUGGCUGCCCGGGCCUGCCCGCCACCCACUGCAGUCUACGCUGGCCCUGGAGGGGGUACUUCCUGGGCUGGGGCCCCCCCUGGGGAUGGCCACAGCGGCCGGGCCGGGGCUGGGGGGCACCCUCGGGGGCGCACUGGCAGGGCCACUAGGGGGUGCACUGGGAGUGCCUGGGCCCAAAGAGUCGCGUGCUUUUAAUUGCCAUGUGGAGUAUGAGAAAACGAAUCGCGCGCGCAAGCACCGCCCGUGCCUGUAUGACCCAUCGCAAGUGUGCUUCACAGAGCACACGCAGAGCCAGGCCGCCUGGCUCUGUGCCAAGCCCUUCAAAGUCAUCUGUAUCUUCGUCUCCUUCCUCAGCUUUGACUACAAACUGGUGCAGAAGGUGUGUCCAGACUAUAACUUCCAGAGCGAGCACCCCUACUUUGGAUAGUGUCCUCCUCCCCAGGCCCAGUCCUGAGCCUCCUGCCAAAUCCUGGCCUGGCUGGGUGGGCCCCCUUCCUGUAUCCCUCUGCUCCUUUGGUCUCUUCCACAUUUUCCUCUCUGAGGUGGGAGGUGGGAGGACCAUUAGCCUGUGUGAGUCCUCUUUUCUUUAUAUGCAGUGCCCACAUGGCUGGGGUGGCCUCUCCCAUACCCCCCCAGUGGAGCGGUGAGAACACCACCCUAGGACAGGCAGCACAAAUCGGUUCCUGAGUCCCCUAGGUCCACAUUGGGUCCUCUGCUGCCUCUGGCGCUGGGCUGGGUACUCCCUUUUCCCCACAGCUUUAAUAAUGCCUAGCCUGGCACCCUCAUCCCACCCAGACGUUCUUACCCCCCAGAGCUUGUCCUCCUGCUCUACCCUGUCCCCCUCCUCCCACAGACUGUAAAGGACUAUAAAUCCCGGCCUAUCCCCACCCCUUUCUGCCUGCAGAAUGCCUGUCCCCUUUUCCUGGCAACCCCGUUAAGGUAGCAGAAGCAGAACUCGCAGGCAAAGGUGCUGGCCUGGCCUCUGCCCUCUGCAGCCGCCCUAUCAUCCCUGCAGUCCAGCUCCACCUGCCUCUCCAGCUGCUUCCUCUCAGUGAUAUUUUUUCUACACCAAAACAGACAGAAAAGGAACAAAAUAAAG